CAUUCCAGGUCCAUUUCCACUUUCAUUUUAGUGUAAAAGUGAAAGUAAACUUUGUUUUGUCCUGGCUGCACCUGAUCGAUGAAACCUCACUUAUACAUCACGGCACAUGUGAACACGUUCAACGCAGUCUUUGGUAAAAGAGAUGGCCAGGAAUGACAGCUCCCAAAUGAAAGCUCUCAUUCAACUUGAUGAAGGUGAAAUAAACCACAACAACAAACCCAAGAAUGAGAACAACAAACCCAAGAAUGAGAAGCAACAAAGCAGAAGCAGCAGCUCAGACCAGGCCUGCUGCUCCUCCUCCUCCGUCUCAGAGCCAACGGGUAAUGUGAGACGGGCAGACGACGGUGAGCCGGCAAAGAUGCAGAUAGAGGAGGACGCAUCUUCAUGCUGUCAGCUGAGCGACCUGAAGAGACUUGGAGAUUGUGGCAUCAAGCUGGGACCUCUGAAAUUCAGCCAGUCGCACACCAUCCUCGUAGAUGUGGACGUCUUCAACGCCAAAGCGGGGAUCAUGCCUCAGGACGGCAGAGACAUGUGGCUCAGCAACUUCGUGAAGAUGCCAUGUUCACCUUCCAGUACCGCUUUAUCAUCCAAGACCGAUUCAAGUUCGGUUUUGCCCAACUUUUUGAAGUCUCAAGCCAAGCCCACCCAGGUGCCCAGGUGGAAACUCAUCUCCAAUAAGCUCAAUGCAUUGGCUCGUCAGAAGUCCGUGAAAGUGGACGAUGUGGUGGAAGCCAUCCUUAGUUUUAACCCAAAGUACAGAGGCAAGUGGUCCUUCGACGCGCUCACCACCUUCGUCCAGCGCAUCCCAAAAGAGGAAAAUUACUUCCACACACUGUUCCCAAAGAUUGCUGCCUUGGCCUUGAAUCUGGAAGAGCAAGUCAAGAAGGCCAUCCCACUGCUUAGGCAGGGACACCCGGCCGCCAUCACGCUGUCUCAGCGCCAGAUCUCCUGUCUGCUGGCCAACGCCUUCUUCUGCACUUUCCCUCACCGUAACACCUCCACACCCACCGCGGAGUACCACGGAUACCCCUCCAUCAACUUCACCAGCUUGUUUGGAGGCUGGUCCGAGAGGAAGAAGGAGAAGCUGCGGGCCAUCAUGCACUACUUCCACGUGAUGACAGACGACGGAACCAUACCGGAGGGACUGGUGACGUUUGAGCGCCGUUGUCUCGGAAACGCAGAAAUCCCCAACUGGAGGAGCUGCACGGAAACGCUCCCGAAACUUCAUGUGACAUCGUGCGGUGGCAUCGAGGCCGAAGGUACUGGUCUGCUGCAGGUGGACUUUGCGUCCAGCUGGAUCGGUGGAGGCGUCCUUGGAUCCGGCCUGGUUCAGGAGGAGAUCCUCUUCCUCAUGAAUCCGGAGCUGAUUGUGUCUCGACUCUUCACGGAGAAACUGGGAGACAACGAGUGUCUGAUCAUCAAAGGUGCGCAGCAGUUCAGCGGCUACUCCGGCUUUAGCGACAGCUUCGAGUGGGCGGGCCCCUAUGAUGAACUCCUGGACAGAGACGAGUGGGGUCGGCUGAGGAGGCAGGUCUUGGCCAUCGACGCGAAGCACUUCAAACACAAGAGAGAGCAGUACAACAUGGUCAGCAUCCUCCGCGAGCUGAACAAGGCGUACUGCGGAUUUAAACGAUACAGCAGACAUAAAGAUCCAGACAUUGCUACAGGCAAGUGGGGCUGUGGAGCCUUCAACGGAGACGCACAACUCAAAGCUGUGAUCCAGCUGAUGGCAGCGGCGAAGGCUGGGAGGGGUCUGGCCUUCUUCACCUUUGGAGAUGACGCUCUGGAGAGAGGUCUGAAGCAGAUCUACCACCUGCUGGUCACUGAGCGGACUACAGUUGACCAGCUGUAUGGACAUCUGGAGGACUUCUGCGCUCAGCGUGAACGAAGUCCGUCCAUGGAUUUGUUCCAGUUCAUCAGAAAAACCAUCAGACGCUCCAGAAGUCAGCUGUGACGACGUUUGUGACUCGGUUAACUCUAAAACAUGAAGGAAACGCUUGAUUCAGCUGAUGAAGGUGGUUCAUGAGUGUUCUAUGAUUGUUAAUUUCCCUCAUGUUAAAUGUAACAGUAAAAUCUCUGGGAGGACAUCAAUUAAACUGUUGAACAUUAAUACCCUGCAUCUGAGUUUAAAAGCCCUGGAUAGAUAGCAAAUAGCUUUAAUUCACUUUCACAACUGAAUAAACAUGUAAAUCUGU